AUGUGUCACGUCCAGGAUGACCCCAACCGCGCGGCGCGCUUCGGGCUCACCGUAGUGCCCUCCUGGUGGCAGAACAAGCCCUGGCCGCCGCCGCCCGUGGUGUGCCACUUUAGCUCCAAGCCUUCGCAGUGGGCCAUGGCCUUGCGGGCGAAGAAUGAGGAGAGACGGAGGAAGGAAGAGGAAGCGCGGCAGAGAAUUCUGGAGCGGCGACAGUCCAGGCAGUUCAGCAAGGGCAAGACCGAGCUGGAGGAAAGGCGUGCCCAGCAAGCCGAGCUCCUCAGCGGCCUUGGAAGCGCUGUCCACCGAGGCUCGCAGAGUGUCCCCACUGGGCCUGCGGCAAGGAAGGGCCAAGCUGCGCACAUGAGGAGGCAGUCCCGAACCCCAGCAGAUGCGGCGGAGGAACACUUGCAGGAUGUCAUGGAGCAUGCCACCAAGCUUGCGCUCAUGAACCAGCAGACGAAGGAGCAGUUUCUGCUGUGCUUUGAGAAGCACUCGGAGACCACCCCGGGCUACCUGAACAGCCAGGCGUUGCUGAAGGCACUGGCAGAGGUGGGCCUCCGACCAACCACCUUCAGAGAAAAGCAGCAGAUAAAGGAGGUGCAGCAGAUGGUGAUCCACUCCUACCGCACCGAGGAGUCCCUUGAGGCGCAAGGUGUGAAGAACCCCCUGACGGAGAAGCGCGGCGGCUGGCUCUACGAGGAGUUCUUUGCCAUGGCUGCCACCUGUCAGGAGCUGGUGCGGGACGAGCAGAUCGAGGCGGACCAGGCGCUGGCAAACCAGAACGAAUGCGAGCUAGCAGUGGUGGGCGACCUGCGCCAGGUCUACGAAGAGUCCAGGUCCCAGGAGACCUUGAUCCUCAAGGAUUUCCUGGCCAUCCUGACGAAGAUUGGCAUACCACACCCGCCAGACAAGGAGCUGGCGGCGCUUCUAAGUUUGCCUCCCGGCAGCGAGCUGGGCCGGUUUCGGAAGAUCACCUUCGCCCGGGGCCCUACUCCCGAUGGCCGUUGGCAGUGCGCUUGA